UGUAUAGCUGGCCCGCUUCUGUUGGCUUUUUGGAAAUUGGUCAUUUGUGGUGGAGAAAUUUAGGUCAUAUUUCGCUAUCAACGUAUAUGUUGAGAACUGACCUUCUUCCUGAAAAUGGGUGACGAUCCUCCAUUUCUGUCUGUUGGGACAGAAGUCAGUGCCAAGUACAAAGGCGCCUUUUGCGAAGCCAAAGUUCGGAAAGUGGUCAAGAGUAUCAAGUGUAAAGUCAUGUUUAAAUUGGGCCUUGGUAGCGCUGUGGUUUCAGAUGACCAAAUCAAAGGACUUCUAAGAGUUGGUGCACAAGUGGAAGCCAAGCAUCCAGAGAAAGCUCAGUUUCUUGAAGCUGUUAUUAACAAAAUUCAAGACUGCAGUCAAUACACAGUUGUGUUUGAUGACGGAGACAUUACUACCUUGAGGCGAACUUCAUUGUGUUUAAAGAGUGGUAGACAUUUUGCAGAGAGUGAGACUCUUGAUCAGCUGCCAUUAACUCAUCCUGAACACUUUGGUACACCUGUACUUGGUGGGAGGAGAGGAGGAAGAAGGAGGGACGAAAGUAGUGACGAAGAUGGAGACGAAGAUUCCGAAUUGGGACGUCCAGAAAGAAGUGGCUCUGCAAGAAAAGCUGAAGAUCGUGAACCUAAUAUUGGCAAAAUUGUGUGCGUUGAAGUUAGUGACAAGAAGAAAGGCAAGGAAACAUGGUUUCCCGGACUCAUUGUGGCACCUACAGCCCAAGAUGCAGUUUCUAUUCGUGUCAAGGACGAGUAUCUUGUACGAUCUUUCAAGGAUGCACGAUAUUACACUGUGCCAAAAAAAGAAGCCAUGGAGUUCACUCGUGAAAUCGCUUUGAAAACGGAGCACAACGCUCUGAAAACAGCUAUCGAGAAAGCCAUGCAGUAUUUGGACAAGAACGAAUUACCUGCCCAUUGGGACCGUGAAGCGCUUUUUGGGCUAGAUGACACUAGCAGCGUUAAUGAAAGUAAAGGCGGUUCAGAUGGAGACAGCUCGGAAGAAGAGACUCGUGAAGAAAAGGACCAUUUUGUGGCCCAGCUGUAUAAAUUCAUGGAUGAUAACGGAACUCCUAUCAACAAAGGGCCAACGAUUAAUAGUCGCGACCUGGAUCUCUACAGGCUCUUCAAGAUAGUCAAUAAAAUGGGCGGAUUUAAUCGUGUUACUAACCAAAAUGGUUGGAAAUCAGUCACGCAGAAAUUGAUUUUGAAUUCGGCUUCCAACUCUUCGACUCAUGUUAAGCAAGCAUACAAAAAAUAUUUGUACGGUUUCGAAGAUUUUUACCGUAAACUCGGUUGCACAAUGAACAGCCCACGUGGUCCGAAAUCACGAGCGAGACCUGGGCGCAGCCUAAUACGGGAUAGAGACCGUGCCACUUCCGGGGCAUCUACACCGAAAGGUGAUCCAGAGGAAGAGGAAAAGAUAAAAGUAGAAGAAGAGACGCCUUUACCGCCGCCUGUCCAAGAAGUUGCUCCAGUGAUAGAAGCUGCUGCUGCUGUUGUGGAGGAGGAAACUAUUUCCGUCGUAGUUGAAGAGGAGGAAGUUGAUGAGUCGUCGUCUUCCGUUUCACAGCCUCCCGCUCGAAAGCAAAGAGAACGUUCUUUGCCGCUGCGCUUACAGGAUACAAUCACAACGAAACCUUUGGUAGUUAAGAAAGAGGAGGAGAGUGGCGGUGACGAUGCAAAUGAACAGGAAGUCGAAAGCAACAGCAGCCAUUCCGUCCGAAGCCAACGAGGUACCCGUAGUCGCAUUCCACGGGAAAAAUCAGAUGAAACUGAGCAGCCGGAGGCCAGUCGUUCUGCUAGAAAACGCGGAAAAAGCAGACAGGAAGAAAAACCUGCCGAAGAUGACGAGAAGCCGUCGCGCGUUAAGGUUAAGGAAGAAGUCGCCAACGGUAAAGAAGAUACAGAGAAGAAAUCUAAAGGUUCUGCGAAAGAUGACACGGAGAAAAAGAAUAAGACACCAGGCAGGGAACCCAAAAGUCGCGGGCGUAAGGGUGAAGAUGCGGUAAAAGCGGAAGAGUCCAAGAAAACGGAAGAAGAGAAUAUUUCCGUCGAUCAGGACGAACCAACACCCAAGCGAAGAGGUCGUAAGCCACGGGCAUUGGGAGAUUCUGAAGAGGAUGAAGGGGGCAGACUUCCUGCCAAUGUGGAUGUCCAGAUUGGUGAUAAGCUCAAGGUCUACUAUGGUGAUAAACCCAUUCAGGAUUCUAAAGUUACAUAUGAAGCCAAGGUCUGCGAAAUACGUUGUGAGGGAUCUAUUAAACUGUUUUUGGUUCACUAUACGGGUUGGAACACGCGAUAUGAUGAGUGGAUUAAGCGAGCUCGCAUUGCCGAAAAUCUUACCUGGACGCCAAAUCGCAAAAGGAGCAAAUCGGUUCACGGUCAAGGAACGACUCGCACUAGUUCUUCGGUUGUCAGCGGUAAAGCCGGUCCUGCCAAACGAGGUCGGACUCGUGGGCAAGAUUCUUCAAGAUCUGCAACCCCGUCUUCGGUGACGUCUACGUCUUCAACUGGACAAAGGAAUGCCAACCUUGCAUCGAGUGAGGAUUCUGGCAACAAACUCCCCCCUUCUAAAAAUAGUCGACGUCGUUCCCGCCGUAUUUCAGAGAUUUCAAAUAAUUCAGCCGAGAGUAUGGAUUCAUCUGAUGAUGACGAGGAGGAAGAAGGUACGGUUCGUGUACGGAAGAAACCUACCAAAAAAUCCUCAGCCACAGUGGAGAGCGAAGAAUCAGAACCUGUCGACGUCGAAGAGUCUGAUCGCACUCCUCGUAGGCGUCAUCAGCGACGCAGGAUCUCCGAAUCUGAACAAACGCCGGCCGACAACAAAAGUACACAUGAACCUCCUGUUGGUGAUGCUGCAGUUACUGUUGCUACCUUAACCCCUGUUCGAAGAGGCCGGCGUAGGGCUGUAACAGCUCCCGAGUCUACUGUGGCCGAUUCCACGCCCGCCAAAGAAGAACAAGAUGAGGCAAAUAAAACCUCGUCGGAGCCUGCAGCCGAUCUCAAUUGUGUUUCUGGGGAAGCACCUAAAGGGAAAGAUUUUGAUCUGAAAAAGAUACGAUCAGAGCUCAAAAUGCCGGCAGAUAUUACCGCAACGGCUGCUGUGAAAACUUCAUCGCCUGUACCGCCAAAUUUGCCGCCACCGCCUACCCCGGUAGCUUUCCCCACCGUUCCUGCCGUUCCCACUGGUUCAUCUACUUCUCAGCAGCAACAACAACAACAACCUGUUGAUUCUCAUGCUUCCGCGUCUGGGAGAGGAGAUGAUGACAUUUAUGAAUUCCGAGAACCAGAGCCAUUUGAGUUCGAAGUUCGUGCCCGACGUGAAUCGCCGUUUAGCGAAGAUCGAGUUCACCAUCGUUUUACUCAGCGCAAGUCAACAAAAGAGGAGGACGAAGAAUGCAGUCCGAAAAAAGUUAUUGCUUCACCUGUGCGGUCUGGUUCAGCUGAAAGAAGCAAAUCCGUUAUUACCUCACCUCCUCGUGGUGCUCGUCCGUGCUCAACGGCCACCACAUUGUUAGUUGCACCACCAGAAGAGUGUGAACCGACGCAGCAAGCUCAAUCAACGUCUUGUCCAUCUCCCGUUCCUUCUCAACAGAACGAUGAAGUCAUUUCAAUAGCGCCUUUUUCAAAUGUUCAGUCACCGCCGCAGCCGACGCCACUGCCACCACCACUACCAGAGUCGUCGAGUCCCAAGGUAGUGGAACCACCCGUGGUGAAGGAAGAAUUGAAGGAAGAUCAACCUCAAGUUUCUACCACGAAAUGUUUGGAGUCGGUGCCAACUAUUACAUCACCAAGUCCAAUACUGCCCAUGCCAGCACUCUCUGCCCUUGCUGCCCACUCAGUCACAGCCGCUUCCAGUCCACUCGUCGUUUUUGCCCAUAAAUCUACGUCUGUAGAGGUCAACAGACGUAAGGCGGAAGAAGAAAAUGAGGAGGACGACGAUGAGGAUGCAGAUGAAGAAGAGGAGGAGGAGGAAGAAGAAGAGGAAGACUUAGUCCCAGAUGACAGCAAAAGCAAUACACCACCUUUAAAGAGGGAACGAAGGAAAACUGGCGCCAGAAAAGCCAUCAGCAGAGAGUUUAUAGAAUCUGACGAGGAUUCUCCUGAAGAUCCUGGAGCGUCGAAUGAUAGUACACCCAACAAAGCGAUUGAAGAAGAUAAAGUUUCCAGCGAUUCUACUCCGUCGGAAACUGCUGAAGACGACGAUCUAGCAGAAAAAAACAAUGACGCAGAGAGCUUGCUUGCGCUACGAAAACCCAGCUCAAACUGCUCCGGCCUGUUGAAAUUAAAGUCGGACGAAGAUUUAGACGAAAAUUCUCUAUUGUGCGAAGAAACAAUUCCAGGUAGUCCAGUGACUCAUUCAGCAGCUCCUUCCUCAGACGGCCCAGACACUUCUCUUCCAGUUCCUUCGACCUCUCGCUCAACUGAAAUGCCAUUUGCUAGUGCUCCUUUGGCUCCUAAUAUGCCCCGAACACGGGGUUUGUCCGGUAUGGCUAACUCAGUGUCGCGCGUCAAUAGAAAGCGAGGUCUUCGUCAAGCAUUAGCCAUGCAACGGCCUGGAUGCAUACGCCCAGGAGGUCCUUCUCUAGUAAUGGAGAACACGCCUCCAACCACUCCAGACGGAAGUUUGUCUUCCUCAUCAAGUUCACCUCAAGGGGAUCAUGGUGGAAUGUCACCAGAUCAUGGUAGUGUUAAAUCAGAGCGCGAAUUCUCAGAAAACGACAAUGCUGCUCCUGGUGCUCAGGUAUCCCAAAAUGCAAUUGAACUUCCUGUAGUGCGAAACAUAGGACCAAGAGCAAGCGCGACAGCUCAACCAGUACCACCACCAGUUGUAAAACGACGAGAGGAUGAAGCUUCUCGUCAAAUGCAACAUCAUCAAGAGGAAGAAUCGCCUGUCAAACGACGAAGAAGAGGAGCUGUUCUGGGUGCUUCCGAUCAGAAUUCAUCCCGCAGAGGCAGAGGUCACGGUCGGAGUCCAAGAAGAACUGGUUCCGAUAGCGAGGAUACGGUAACAGAUUACGUUAAUUCCUCGAGCAUGGGAUCAGGUUGUGUGAGCUUGUCCAAUUAUCAGCCUCGUUCGUCUCGAUACAAUUUCUGCACAGAUCUCGACCCAGAGUUGGACGCAACACAGCGCAUCGCUUCUUUACAGGACAAACUUCGCGAAUUGAGACAAACCUACAGUGCAUUGAAGGCAAGGGUCAUGCUGAUUGACCGCCGUAGAAAGAAAUUGAAGCGCAAAGAGAAGGAAGCCGCAUCUUGAUAACAUGAUGGAUUAACAAAAUAUGCACAAUAGGUUUUCUUAAUUUUAUUCGAUUAUGACAAGUGACUUUAUAAAACAGUUUGUGUUAUUUAUUUCUAACUGACCGCCGUUGCGAUGAAUCAUGCAUUUCCCAUUGUUUCUCAUUUCAUUGUUUGUAUAUGUGUGCGUGUAUGGAAUACUCUCUCAACAUCCUCGUCGUGGAUGCGUGAUGACUAGAGCCUUGACAGUCGAUACUUCGUGAAAAGAUCCACUGGUGGUUGCAAUUCAAUCAGGAUCCUGAAGAAAAAAAGCCCAUAUUCCCACUAUCGAUAAAAGCCAGCUAUUCUGGUUGAUUUGUUAUCUUAUAUUGGUGAACUGAUGUUGGACCUGAUUAGAAUAACCCCAUUGAUGAUUCAUUUAGUUGCCAUUUGUUUAAAAAUGAGAGAAGCAAACUUUUCCCCUAUUGUUAAGGUUCUUGACAUGGUAACGUGAACACUCGCAUUUUAAAUGAUUGAUUUCUAAUUGUUUUUGCAUCCUUUUUCUUUCAUUCUCCAUCUUGUCUUUUUAAAUUUCUGAAAUGAAGACCUUUAUGAUUUCCCCACUUUACGCCCUAACCUCAGUUUUUCGUAUGGUAUUUCGGCCAUUUCCUCCCUAAUUUUAGAGAAAACAUUGAGCAAUUUCAUUUCGGAGAUGUUUUACAGCUUUGAAAUGGAAUAAAAUACGAUAAUUAUGUCUUUUGGCGAUCGAA